GGCGUCGGCUGCCCGGCUCGGGCCUGGAAGUGACUCGCCCCGCUUUCGGGCGAGCUCCGGGACCCUCCACGCGCCCCAGUCCUGUUUCAGGGGGCCUGCCUUGCUGUGUCGCUGCCGAGGACGAGUGUGGGUGGGGUUUGGCCUGAGGAGCGCGAGCCUAGGUAGCGGGACGUGAGCGGAAAGGGUUGGCUUGAGUCCGUCUUUGGCGCCGUUGCUGAUUGGCGGAAGCAUGAGCCACUUGCAAAACUUGCUGUUAGAUACCCUCCUGGGCACCAAGCACGUGGACGGUGCGGCCCUCAUCAAACUCCAGGAGCGGAGCCUGUGUGUCGCAUCACCAGGAUUUAGUGUAAUGCCAAGUGAUGUCCAAACACUUGUGAAUGGAUUUGCCAAAAACCCUUUGCAAGCCCGUAGAGAAGGACUGUAUUUCAGGGAAAAGGACUACAGAUGUGUCCGGGCAGAUGACUGUUCUCUUUAUGCCAAGAGUGAGAACACUGGUGUGGUUGUUGUGAAGACCCAUCUGUAUCUUCUGGUGGCCACUUACGCAGCAGGCAUGUAUCCUAGUGUCUGUGUGGAAGCCACAGAGAAGCUGGGGGAAUAUCUAAGAAAAAAAGGAAGUUAAGUCAUCAGAGGAGUAUGAAAGACAACUUUAUUACUGUAGAAGAAACUACUGAUCCUAGCAAAAAAAUUAUUUUGUAUUUGAAAAAUACUAAGCAAAUACUAAAAAAGAAGACUGAGUUGAGAGAGAAAUUAAUUGGAAUUACUUAAUCCCCUUUUUCUUAAGUGUCAGUCAUUACCAAGGAAUGUGAGAGCACGGAUAGUUUCACAAGAUGUGUCUGUGGGAAGUCACCCAGUGAGGCUCUUAAAUCCUAGGUAUCUUGUGAGAUAUACCGUAAUGCAAGGCUCUAGGAACUCUUUAUCAGGCCAUUUCUCAGGGUUACAUUGUAGCAAGCAACCUUUAAAAAGGAAGUAACUUGAGGGGGCAGUUAGCUCAGUGGUUCCACCUCCUGCCUUGCCAGCACAAGGACCAGAGUUCAAUCCCUGGUAUCAAAAAACAAGCAAACAAACAAAAAAACGAAGUAACAUUUUCCUUCAGGAUACACAGAAAACCUGCUUACUGCUUGCUGUGAAAGAAGAGUCCCUGAGCUCAGGGUUCCUCUGCUAUAAUCCAGUUCAUUGUGUGUCCACAUCACCCCUGUCAGACCUAGGAGAUCAGGAACCAUUGUAAAGACCACCCAACAAUGGGCUACCAGGCAAGGAAUUAGAUGGACAUUACACAUUGCAACUAUAGGCAUCGAGUAUUGUUGAUCAUUGUAAAGGCCUCUCAAAAAAUUAGAAGGAUUAGGGCUGGGGAUUUAGCUCUGUGGCACUGUGUCUGCCUCACAAGUGCAAGGUCCUGA